GGAAUCUCCUUAAUUUCAACACAUCACAGUAAUCUCACUGAAAAAAACAUUCCAAAGUUUAAAAACCGUUACCGCUCUUAAAUUCGUACUUUCUUUCCCGCGCAAAAGUUGUCAGAUGAAAGUGCCGGUCCUAACCUCCCGAACUGUCAGUGAUUGAAGUUUUACAUGACGAGAAAAAAGGAUUAAUUUAUUUUUGCGAGUGAAAAUUAGUUGACUCGAAAGUGAAUGUCUGAUGUUUCGUGAUUUGAAGACUUCGAAGUAUAAAAGUAGAUUCGACGAUGGGCCCGAGAGUGGAUUUGAAUUCGAAUUCGAAUAUUCUAUGAUCGGAGGUGUGUCAGAAAAGAUCAUCAGGAGAUGAGGUUGGAAAAGCACGUGAAGCCCAAUCGGUCCUGAGGCGAGAAGUGGCAUUCCAAUCGGGCAUCAAGCAUUAACUCCUGCUUUAUUUGGCAGUGAGAAUCGUGAACGAGGCCCGCUUAAUGGACGGUGCCGGUGAAAUUGGGAGCAUUAUCACGAAAAUUCGGAGUAUCGCAGCAGGUUAUGUCCCCUCGUGACGUGAGUUAGUGGGUGUUUCGUCGCCGGUAGUAAAGGGUUGCAUGCACCGCAAGUGUCAUUGACUCACGAAUUCGACUUGCGCGCUCGACUCCUGGAUUUCCCGUAUUUUGGAUUUAAGUGCCCUGGAUUUUCGAUAAAAAUAGUUCAGUGCAAAAGGUGAAUACAAUUCCCCCCUCAACAAAUUCCAGAGAUAAAGUUCGAUGAGUAAUUGUUAGAAUAUCGAACGAUAAGAAUGGAACACAAGAUUCAAAUGGAUCAAAUCUGACAUGUGGUUUUUGUUUACAUUGAAGGUUAGGCUUACGAGGAAACUUAUGAUUUAGAAACAAAGUAUUCAAAAUAAAGAGCAGUGUUGACGAAAAUUGUUUUCAUUGUCAGUGAAGUGUUUUAGUUUCGCUUUUUUUCAUUUACGUGGACCCUUUUUUCUUGUUUUAAGAUUGUGUUUCUGGUCAGUGUUUUUUGGGGUAAUGAUUUGAGUGAGACGUGUUUUUCGUUUAAUAAUCGGAAGUGUUUUGCGAGUGGAACAAUAAAUAUGGAACGAAGAAGAGCACCCGGACUUCUUGUGCUGCUGAAGAUGAAGGUGCUGUUGCUGAUUGUGUUUUGCACCACGCCCGUCGUUAAAGGAGCAUCGCAAGCUUUUAGAGUGAGACCAGCGAAUACUUCAGUUUCGGAAGGUGGCGAUGUUACUCUGCACUGUGCAGUUGAUAAUAGGGUGGGAAUAGUUCAAUGGGUCAAAGAUGGAUUUGCCUUCGUCGUUCAAUCAAAUGGUGAAGUAGUGGGAUACCCACGAUUAAAAUUAGUGGGAGAGCCAACUGUAGGUGUCUACAAUUUAAAGAUAACGAAUGCAUCUUUAAACGACGAUGGAGAAUAUCAGUGUCAAGUUGGUCCAUAUCUCAGAACCAAAGCCAUUCGGGCCAACGCACAUCUCAACGUUAUCUCACCUCCACAAUCGGUGGAAAUUACAAGUCAUCCACAUCAGGAAAAAAUAGAAAUAAAAGGUGGGGAUACAUUGACCUUAGAAUGUACAGUCAGAAUGGCUAAACCAGCUGCUGCCAUCGUAUGGUACAGAGAAAAUGUACCAAUCAAAGGAGGCGAUACAAGUGUCGAUGCUAUUCCAGUAGCAGAUGACAAGGAAGUUCUGAGGGUUCAAGAAAAUAAGAAAAAACCGAUGAAAUUUGAUACGACUGGAUCAUUGACGGUUGUUCCUACUCCAGAAGAUGAUGACAUGCCUUAUACUUGCGAAGCCAAACAUCCUGCAAUUGAAAUCGACAGACCUAUGAGAGCCACCGUCAAACUUUCAGUUUUCUAUCCUCCCGGACCACCUCAGAUAGAAGGAUACGCCGAUGGAGAAACUCUUCGACGUGGACAGCAAGUUGAGUUGGUGUGCAAGUCUCGAGGUGGCAAUCCGCCCGCUCAGGUCGUUUGGUUCAGAAACGGAGAGCAAAUAAAUUCGGCUUACCGUACUGAAGGCAGGACAUCCCAGAAUGUACAAACUUUCGUGGCCCAAGCAAAGGACAACAAAGCUCGAUACACAUGUGAAGUCUCCAAUAUUAUGAGCGUUCAACCCAUGAAAGCUCAUGUCGAUCUUAUCGUUCUCUUUGCACCGAGUGGAGUUAAAAUUUCAGGACCAACGGAGGCAAAAGCAGAGGAGAUGGUUUUAAUAACUUGCACGACAGAAAAUUCAAACCCAAUUGCUGAGAUAAAGUGGACGGUUGACAAGCAUAACAUUUUGAACAUGACAUCGAAAACUGAAGUUGCAGCGGAGGGUGGUUGGAUUACAAGUUCCAAUAUUACCUUCGCUAUCAACAAGGCCGCUCAGAGGAUUGUUGUAAUCUGUCAGGCAUUGAACCAAAAGCUUACAGAAACCAUAGUGGGAACGCAUACAAUUAACGUCAUUUAUCCACCAUCUUCUUUAGUCAUCACUGGAUACGAAGAAGGCACAACGAUUCAAGCUGGAAAUGUUUUAAAACUGGCUUGCUCAGUCGCUUCCGGAAAUCCACCUCCAACUAUUACGUGGUAUAAGAACGACAAGAAGGUACGUAAUAAGGUCGCAGAUACAAUCAGGCAUCAUGAACAGGUUGUAACGAGUGAACUUGCUCUUUUAAUAAACGCGUCUGACAACAACGCGCACAUCAAAUGUGAGGCAGCUAAUUCAGCAACGCUCUACCCCAUGUCCCAGAAAUUAAUUCUGAAAGUGCUUUUUCCCCCCGAUCAGGUAAAAAUAACGACAGAACCAAAAGAAUUCGAGGCCAGUUAUCCCGGAAAAUUGAUCUGCGAAUCGAGCAGUAGUAAUCCAGCAGCUGAAAUGUCGUGGUGGAAAACUGGAAUAGCUGUCGACGGGACCAGAAAUUUCACGAAACCGGGUCUUCAUGGCGGCUACGUCUCCCUAGUCGAAUUGCCUCUGGAACUUACGGAAUCCAUGAACAAUGAAGUUUACACAUGUCAGGCGAGAAAUGCGGCAAUGGAGAGAUCAAUUCACGACGCAGUAACGCUCAACAUUCGCUACAAGCCAAUUUUCUCGAAUCCGGAUCCCAGCGAAUUAGUCGGAAUGGAAAAAGAACCUUUUGUCAUAUCGCUGGUAGCCAGAUCGAAUCCUCCUACGAUAACUUACACCUGGUCGAGAGACGGUUUGCCAAUCACUGUUGUUGGAAAAAGAGGAAUUACUGCUCGAGGAUCGACUUUAAACAUUACAAGGCUAGAACGACACGAUGCCGGAACUUACGUUUGCGAAGCUAUGAACGACAAAGGGACUACGUUUUAUUAUCUGAAUUUAACCGUCCAAUACCCUGCAAAAAUCGUGAGAACGUCGACGACAGGAGUUAUUUAUCCACCCGAAAAAGAAGCGAAACUUUUUUGUGAAGUCGAUGGCAGUCCGAUGGGGGAAGAAUAUGUCACUUGGUAUAGAGCAGGAACAAGGAUUGAAAUCUUAGAUAGAUAUUCAGUUUCUUAUUCCAAUAAGACUUCUUAUCUUCAUAUAGAAAAUCCAGGGAGGGACGACGUAGGCGAAUAUCAAUGUAACGUCAAUAACGGAAUUGGAAACGUCACUUCAAGUCCUAUACUAUUUAUAACAAAUUUUAUACCCGAAAUGGCGAAUUCGCCCCUGACGAGAAAAGCAGCCGCCAACAAGGGGAUAAACGUUCAGCUAUUUUGUAAAGCAAGAGGAUCUCCUUUGCCGGAAUUCCACUGGUUCUUUGGCGGAAAAGCCCUCUUGCCCAAUCUCACAGACCAUAAAUACGGCUUUACGUCAAGCAACUUGUCAGAACUUUAUGCACAAUCAGUGCUGACAAUCAAUCGCGUGGCAGCCCACGAUUAUGGGAAAUAUGAGUGUCGAGCUGAGAAUAAGAUGGGAUUCAACAAGGAUUCUAUCCAGUUAGACGUUACGUCGCCUCCAGAUCAACCCUCGGAUUUGGAAGUAUAUAAUGUCACGCACGACUCAGUGAUGUUAGUCUGGAAAAGAGGAUUCGAUGGGGGACUUCCCACUUCUCAUCAAAUCCGUUGGCGCCAGGCGCUCGACUACGAAGACAGAUAUCACUAUAUGGAUGUCUCUCCCGGAGAUUAUAAAGCUCUUGUCACUGGCCUUGCAUUAGGGACUUAUUACGUUUUUAGUGUCAAGGCAAUAAAUGCUAAAGGGGAAAGCAGUUUUCUACCAGAUCUCGUCAAAGUUCAGACUCUACGUGAAGCACCACCUACUGAGUUGACAGUCAGCGAGAUUAAUUCCUCCUACAUGAUCAUCAUUAUCAUCGCUGUUUCCGUCUCUGCUUGUCUCGCCAUUGCUACGUCCAUACUAUUUGCUACAUUUGUGUCCAAAAAGAAGGCUCAGCGUGCCGGGAUUAAUAAAUCGCACACCGCAGAUAUGUACGCGCCAUCAACAGUCAAUGGAGAUACAAUAACUGGUGAAUUAAGUUCCGUUUCUGAUGAGAAGAGCGACGUGAAUUUCGACGCUAACGAUUAUGUGGACGAGGGGCGAAAAACAGCAGCUAGUACCUACUUAAUAGACUCUGGCAUGCAAGAUUAUGGAAAGAGUGGUUUAGAAAUGCAGGUGCAUCAUCAAGGUACCUUGAGUCGUCGUAAUCAUGUCCCUAGUGUCAUGAAUAUGGACUCUCCGCCCCAAAGAACAACAGCCAGUGGGACACUCUCUGCCACAAAGUCGAGUUACAUAGGGAAUCCGAGCCCAGCCCCACCUACAGAUGUAAACUUCUACAGUGUGGAGAUGGACAAUGGCCUCUUUAUGGGAUAUGAAGCAGAUCCAAGCCCGGCUCCGAUGAUGGGAGAUUCGGGCCCAGGUGCUUACUAUCCUUCCCUCGGGUCUCUCGGGUCCGUCGGGCACAUGGGGCCCAUGACGACAGUGAUGCCAGGAACCGGGACUCUCAACCGAAACAGAACCCUUCCACGUCCAGUUCCCCCCCCAGACGUCACUGUUAUGACUGCAGGUACAAAGUCGCCACUACCCCCCUCGGUACCCCCCCCGCCAGCUACAUUUGCACGUGCGGGCCACAUCCCCGCCAAUUCCCACGGGCACCCCUUGUCAACUUUCACAUCGGCACCGACAUAUUCUGAUAUCGACGGUCAUCUUGUCUGAAACUCGGGCACUUUGCGCUCAUCUAAAUCUAAGAAGAAAGUAUCUACCUAUUCCCCGGAUCUUGCGGCUAAAACUCUCAGCCCCGAGGAGUGCACUCGUCUGUAGAUUCUUUUAUUAUAUCUUAAGUCAGUGGUGAUCCCUCCUGCGCUCUAAAAUUUAAAUUAAGCUUGACAACAAACUUCAUAGUCUCUAGGAGUCUAGGGUUCCAAACUCUAAAACUGAUGACGUAUUGUUGUCAUUCUGUACAUUUGGAGAAUGUAUAUAGAAGAUAAGAAAAUCUUAUCCUCAUUUUGUAUAGGAAACUACCUUAGAUCUAAGUGUAAAUGUUGAGGCGAUUAAGAUUUUUAUUGUGACGAUUCUAAGAAUCGAAAAAUGUCGUUCAUUCCGUUUUGAUGAUUUUUUUGGGUCAGGAAAGUUUGAAUGGUUCAGAGAGAAUAGUGGCUUGAAAUUGGUGCAAUCCUUUUUUCAGAGUUGAAAGUGAGUUUACAAUUUCAGUUUUCAAUUCCAGUUUUCAAUUCUUAUCUUACUCCCCUUCUUGUUCAUUUUUGUAUUUUUUCUAUUUUUAUCAAAUGUUUUGUUGAAAUAUUAUGUUAAUGUUAAAAUGUUUAUGCAACAUUGUGUUAUAAAUAUUGUUAUGAAAGUCUUCAAACUUCAAAGCAGUGUCAACUUUUUAAAAUACUUUAUUGACUUUAUUCUUAAGCAUCAGGUAUAAAAAGUUAUGGAAAAGUUUUAAAUUUUUGAUAAUCGAAUUCGGAAAGUAAUUUAAACGUAUUUAAAUAUUUAAUAGAGAUAAUAAAAAUUGGAAAGCUUUAGAACACAAAAUAAAUUUUAAUAAAAAAAAUGUAUUUGGAUUUGUUACAAUCAUUCGAAUAUUCACUGUGAAUUGUCAAAAAUUGACAGAAAGUUUGUUUAAAAUGCAGUAUUCUUUUAACGAGCGUAGGUAUUCGGGGUUUUCUAUUUUUGUUUUUAAAUUCUUGGUUUUUCAAUUAGUCUGAAAAACAGAAAAAUAUUGGAAAAUUGCAAAAUAGCGGCCAUUUAUCUGAAAUGUUUGAAAGUGGAUGUUCUUAAAAACACAGUUAGGUCUUUGGUAAACCAGUGCUUCAUAUUGGAAAAAAAAUAUUUUUAGAGAAUCGAACUUUCUAUUUUCUUGGAAAUAACUAAAGGUAUAAAAAAGUGCUCGAAUAAAAGUUGAAACAUCUAAAAAAAGUUCUACAAAAAAAUAUAUCUUACUUUUUUGAGAUAGCUUAAAUCGUUUACGGGGAAAAAAUGAAAAAUUAUAUUAGAAAAAUAUUUCCCUGUUUCAAAAAUGGUUUAGCCCUCAUAAAGCUCGUAGGAUAUCUUUUUUAUUCUAACAAAAACUUUUUCUAGAUAAUGCAAAAAAUAAAACGGUGGAGAUUUCCUGAAAAUCUUUUGUUUCAGCUUAUAAAAAUUUGAUGAAAAGUUUUUUUUUUAAUUUCUGGGAAGCCCUACCGUACUGAUUUUUUCGUAUAUUUUGUUUACAGUUUCUGUUUAUUAAUAAAAGGAAUACUAACAGUUUUUGGGAGGAAUUUACCGUUUCUGUAGCCGCCAUUUCGUCAUUUUUUAAAUAUUUUUCUAUUUUUGUGGAAUCAAUUGAAAGAGCAAAUGUUCACAUGUCAAUUACAAAAAGAAAAUCCCAAAUACUUACCCUUUUUCAGAAAAUACUGUAUUUAGACAAACUUUCUGUCCAUUUUUUAGAAUGUGCAGGAAAUUUUCAAAUGAUUGUAACAAAUCCAAUCAUUUUUGUUAAUAAACUGUGAAAUACCUGUUCCUUUAUUUUUACAGUAGAAUUAUAUAUCCAAAUUCCAAAUCAUUCUGACAAUCUAAGCUGAACCUCUCUCCCUUACUUGAAUUGGAAUUGGUCUUAAAUUAAAAUAAUUUUUUUAAAUAGUUUUAUUUAACAGGGCCUAACAUUUAGGGUAAUUACAAUAAUUUUGUCGAACAUAAAUUUCAAAAUUAUAAAAUUGAGAAAAAGUCCGAAUUAGAAAGGCUUUAAACUUAAAAAUCCUAAAAUGGUAAACUCUGGAAAUUUACGUAAGAGGAUUCAAAUUGCAACGCUUCGAAACUUUAAAUUUAAUAAUCGUUCAAGUUGGUGAAGAUGCAAUUUUAAAAUCUUUCAAAAUGCAAAGCUUUCAAAUUAAAACUUCACCAAUUAAAACUGUCCAAAUUUAAAAUCAACCAAAUUUUAAAGAAUCCCAAUUUAGGACUUGCAAAAGUAAAAAGACUUCUAAUUCAAAAGCGUCUAAAUUAUCGACUCUUAAAAUUUAAACUGCUCAAAAUGAAAAACCUUUGAAUAUAAAAUAUUUCUUAAUUAAU